CGCGCGGGGCGCCGGGGCAAGCGCCCGCCAGACCACGCCCGCGCUCAUGGCGCCCGCCGCCCUCUGGGCCGCGCUGGCCGUCGGACUGCAGCUCUGGGCCGCGGGGCACGCCGUGCCCGCCGAGGUGGCACUUACACCCGAUGCCUCGGACCCCAGGAACAUGUGUCAGCCGAAAGAAUUCUACGACCAGGCAGCCCAGAUGUACUGCAGCAAGUGCCCACCUGGCUGCCGUGUGAAAGACUUCUGCACCAAGACCUCAGACACCGUGUGCGUGCCCUGUGAGGACAGCACGUACACCCAGCUCUGGAACUGGGUCUCCAGCUGUUUCAGCUGUGACUCCCGCUGCAGCUCUGACCAGGUGGAAACGCAAGCCUGCGCCCCGAAGCAGAACCGCAUCUGCGCCUGCAGGCCGGGCUGGUACUGCAUGCUGAGCAAGCAGCAGGGCUGCCGGCUGUGCGCGCCGCUGCGCAAGUGCCGCCCCGGCUUCGGUGUCACCAAACCAGGAACUGCAACAUCAAAUGUGGUGUGCACACCCUGUGCCCCGGGGACAUUCUCUGACACGACUUCAUCCACGGAUACUUGCAGGCCCCACCGGACCUGCAGCUUGGUGGCCAUCCCUGGCAAUGCGAGCAUGGAUGCAGUCUGCUCGUCUGCGUCCCCCACCUUGGGAGUGGCCCCGGGGCCGGCCCGCAUCCCCCAGCCAGCGUCCACGAGACCCCAGCAAGUGGAGCCAACUGUAGGGCCCAGCACAGCUCCAAGCACCUCCUUCCUGCUCCCAGCGGGCCCAAGCCCCCCGGCUGAAGGGGUCAGCAGUGGCAACAUCUCUCUUCCAGUCAGUCUGAUUGUGGGUGUGACAGCCUUGGGUCUGCUAAUAAUAGGACUGGCGAACUGUGUCAUCGUGACUCAGAAGAAAAAGAAGCCCUCCUGCCUGCAAAGAGAAGGCAAGGUGCCUCACCUGCCUGCCGAUAAGGCCCUGGGGGCGCCAGGCCUGGAGCAGCAGCACCUGCUGACGGCGGCGCCCAGCUCCAGCAGCAGCUCCCUGGAGAGCUCGGCUGCCGGCGCCGCACACGGGAACCAGCAACAGGCGCCAGGCGCGGAAAAGGCCGGCGGGUCUGCGGAGGCCCGGGCCAGUGCCGGGAGCUCAGCAGAGUCUUCCCCUGGUGGCCACGGGACCCAGGUCAAUGUCACCUGCAUCGUGAACGUCUGCAGCAGCUCCGGCCACAGCUCACGGUGCUCCUCCCAAGCCAGCUCCACGGUGGGAGACACAGAUGCCAGUCCCUCGGCUUCCCCGAAGGACGAGCAGGUCCCCUUCUCCAAGGAGGAGUGCGCCUUUCAGUCCCAGCUGGAGACUCCAGAGACUCUGCGGCAGAGCUCCGAGGAGAAGCCCCUGCCCAUGGGCGUGCCUGAUGCCGGAAUGAAGCCCAGUUAACCAGGCCUGACCCCUGGCAGGGUGACCCUGGGAAGGGGUCCCGGUCCUUCUAGGCCCCCACCCCCAGGACUCUGUAGCUCUAGGCCAAGUGUCCUUAGUGGCUCCCCCAGCCCCAGCCUCCCUUUCACCUGCAGGCUGAGGGACGAGACAGUGAGUCAUGGAAAGCCUCUGCUGUCUUGGCGUGUCCCUCUUGAAAGGCUGGCUGGGCACGGAUGUGCGGGACAGCCUGGGCGAGUCCUUGCCUCUCUGUGGCCUGCCCCCAAGCUGGACCUGCGAGCUUGGCUUCUGGAGCCCUUGGUGUUUUCUUUUUAUUACCCUGGGCUCUGGCCUGGCUCUGGCUUCCAGAUGCUUUAGCAUCCUUCCCCCAGAGGAGCUUGCUGGAAAAGAAGGACGCUGCGUGAGUCAUCCAUCAAGAGCCAUCCAUCAGUGCUUCAGCCUGAAUGCUGAGACUACAGGACGGUCCCAGCAGGGCAGGAGGAGGCCAUCGGUCAGAUGGUUCUGGGCAGGGAAGUGGUGGCAGUCCUCUGGGGGACAGGGGUCCCUCAGGUUAACUCAGGACUCUUGGAAAGCACCACCUCCAAAUUCACUUCUGCUAGCUUGUCCUUUUGCACCAUGGUAUGAAAAUCUGAUGCCCAGUGGGUCCAGGCAGGCAGCCUUAUUCAAUGCCACGGCCUGGGCAAGGUGACAAACUCCUAACCGGAAAUCUUCCAAGUUUAACAUGUAGCAAAUUAAAAAAAAAGUAAGUGCCACGCAGGCAAACAAGCCAACAGCAAACGACGCCAGACUCCGAGGGCCACGCGCAGCCCUUCCCCUGCUGUUGCCCGCUCUGCUUCACUCCAGUGCCCGCCACGUCCCUCCUCCCUCACCGUCUGGGGAGGUGCUCCAAGGCCGCGCCUACGCCGAUCAGGGAAUUUCAGGAACUGGAGAUGACUGAGGCCCCACAGCCAUCUCUCUCCUCCUACCUCAGCUUGGACCUUCCUCCUGCUUCCAGAGGGGUGUGCGCCUCUCAGCCUGCCCCCGCUCCCUGGCCCCAGGGUGGCUGCCGAGCCACUGUGGUACGGGCCGCCGUGUCCCGAGUGGAUGUGAGAAGCCGAGUGCCGGCCUUCUGUCUGUGUCUGUCUGUGUGUUGUGGGUCUGUGCCGCCAAGGUCGUUAAGUUGAACGACCUGCCUCCAAGCAGCUGAAGCCAUCAAUUUUGCCAAUGGAGCCUUCCCCAUCAGAGAGCCAACCCACCCCCUGGCAGAGGGUGAACUUGGAGGGCCUCGAGCGGAUUCUGGAAGGAAGGGAGAUGAGGAACUCCUUGAGAGGCCAGUCCAGUCUCAGGUACUUGGAUCCCACGUUGAUAAAUUCCACUGGACUUGAACUUGGCAGCUGAACUAUUGGUGGGUGGGAGAGCCCAGCCGUUACCAUGGAGACAGAGGGUUUUCCCAGCCUGGAAUCGCCCGAUCUGCCCACGCUGGUCCCUGCGCGGCGGUGGAACGCGUCUGCCCCCUGGUGGGCAGUGCUGGGAGGACCUCGGGCUUCCUCUGCAUCCCCGAGGAGAGCCUGCAGCCAUGAACUGCAAGGAGACUGUCUGGGUGUGGCCUCUGUUCCCCCGCUGUACUAAUCCCAAGACCAUGAGAGUUCGUACUGUAUGCUGGACAGCAUUCCUGCUUAUAAAUAAACCUUG